GGCCCAAAACAAACCAAGAUGCAGCAAUCCUUCUAUGUUCAGUGGAUUUUAUAUGCGAUAUGUUUUAUGGUUCUCUUAUUCAAAGUUGCAGAGCCACUACCAUGUGUUCUAAGUGAAUGGACUAACUGGAGUUCAACAGGUGUCCCUGGAACUGUUUCCAGACGCAGAAAUGUUAUAACUCCUGCUACUGAUAAUGACGAGGAAUGUGGAGAGCUUCGGCAAUUAAAGAAAGAACCACUACCAUGUGUCCUGAGUGUUUGGACAAAAUGGAGUGCACCAGAUGCAUCUGGAACAGCUUUCAGACAUAGACAAGUGAUUAGACCUGCUCUUAAUAAUGGGGAAGAAUGUGGAGAGCUUUUGCAGAUAAGGACAGGAAACAAAUGAAAGACAACAAGACAAUUUUGGCUGAUAACAUCACCAUACACAGCUGAUUGAGGAGAAGAUGUAAAGAAGAAGCAUAUAUAAUCAGAAUAUUUUGAUAAAUCAUAUUAUAGGACAGACUUCCGAGUAUAUACAUAUACAUAUAUAAUCUAAAUUUUACAGUUAUUUCAUUAUUUUUAUAUAUAACUUGUACAUUGAAAAUAAAUGAAUAUAUGAAUAUAUAACUAUACAAGAUUGUGUUAAAGGGCAUACGAUGCAGUUUUGAUCCCGUUUUGGAAUAAAAGAUAAAUUAUUUGUAUUUUUUUUUCCAUAAAUGUUAAAUAAAUAUGUACAUUUUAUUUUUACAUAUAACUUAUCUUUAUCAAAUGUUAAUAAAUGUACAAAAAAUAACGUCAUGUUUGGCUGUAUAUUUAUCAAAUUCAAACAAAUGCACUAUUGACUUUGAUAUUCAUGAAAAUUGGUAUACAAAAUCUUCAUACGUAAUCAAAUAAAAUUUUCCUUUAAAAAAGAGGGUUCAUCAACUCGUUUUCAAGUUAAAUCAAUAAAAAUUAUGUGAAAACUGCAUCUUUUCUCGAUAUUAUUUUAGUUGAUGUAAUUUCGUAUUAAUUAUGUUUUAUAAAUUCUUUUUUUGUACAAUUUAACAUAGAUUUAUCAUUUUAGCGAAAACAAGUAGACGUAUGUGAAUACGAAACUGAAAUCAAAAUUGCUAAAGAAAAAUUGGAUUACAGAUUUUUUUUCAUAAAAUGAAUAAUAAAAAAAAUCACAAAGAUAAUUAGGUGAAAAACCUGUUAUAUGUUUUCUUUGUAAUAAUGAUUCAUUAGAUGCCAAAUCCAUGAUCACCGAUUUGACUUAAAUUCUUAUUUUUUAUUUAUAACAUACUAAAAUGCAUAUUCAAAUCAGAAUAAAUCUAAACUAAAUAAUUAUCAAUGCAUAAGUUCGAUAUAAUAAUAUAUCAGCAUGACG